AUGGCGGUGUGGGUUUGUUUGUGGAUGGGCUUGGUGGCCGUGGCGGCUGCAGAGUCCUGUCGAAUGGUGUUGGGCGGCAGCGGAGACCGGCCAGAUUGUCACGUGACGUUGACCGAUCGCGAGGCUUUUGAUGUGCUGUGCGAGUGCUUUGCGGACGUCAGCCCAUCUGAUGAACAACCGCCCUUUCAAAUGGUGGUCACGGGUGCCCCAACGACAGGCCACACAACCUUUAUGCUGUGGUACCUCGAAUCCACCAACGUGACGGUCAAUUACAACGUCACGGGCCUUCUCCCCGUGUCCGGCUCCAUGAACGGCAAGGUGGGAGACAUGGCCUACAUGGGCGACGAUGCCUUGGCCUUUAGAGGCCAAGUCGCUUACACGCCGCCUGCUGCUCCGGUCAACUACUCCGUGGCUCUGCGCGUGACCGGUGGGACUGAUCGCAUGACCACGCCCGACGGCACGCCCGUGGUGGACCUGCUUGACCCAAGCUGCCUGCACGACGACGGCGAGAACACUUGCUUUGUGUCCAUCAACCCGGACUACGCCGUGCAAAUGGGGAGUCUGUUUACCUGGCGCUUGCGAGUCGCUUUGGCCAGCAACAUGAACGCGACCGUGGCGGAUCAAGUGAUGCCGCCCGGCAGUCUCAGCACAAAUAUUGCGCUCCCAAAGAACUGUGAACCGCUUGCCGUUACCGUGGCUUUACAGCUUUUGUGGAGCACCGGGGGCCUCAUGUACGAGGGCCCACCAAGCAACGCGUCCUAUCUCAACAUGUCGACCCUGCCAUCUGCGAUUGAGGUCCUAACCGUGCAAGGCCAGCUCUUGGAGAGCAGCGACCGGCUGACCAUCACUUGGAAGGAUGUUGAUACUGGUGGUUGUGGGCCGGUGCACUACAACGUGUCCUUGCAAAAUGCCAACACCAGUCAUGUGCUGGAUCAACAAACGGUGGCAGCCAGCAUUGAAACGGCAACCUUCGCGCUCACUGCCCCCGUGGACGUGGGUCAGGUAUUCACGGCGUGUAUCACGCCCUACACGGCACUGGGUCCCGCCAGCACCCACUGUAUCAAUAGCGCACCGGCCAUUUCGGCUCCACCUGGCCACGGCCAUCUGAUCUUGGCCCUGAGUAUUGGCUUGCCUAUCGGCGUCGUCUUGGUGGCCGCAACUGUGUACCUGAUGUGGCGCAAGCGCCGCCGGGCUCUUUAUCAAUCCCUGUGA